GCCGCCCGACCGGGCCGCCGCCGCUACCGAACCGGGGGGUGGUGUGGCUGUGGGUGUCCCGGGGGCGAGCGCUAAGAUGGCCGCUGCGGCUCGGGCCGUUUUCAGAUACUUCAAGCGUGAACAAAGACUUAUUUGGAUUAUGUGUUUUUUGGCUAGACUAAAUAAAUGUUGACAAUGGAUAAAUGCAAACACAUUGGGCAGUUGCUGCUUGCUCAGGACCAUUCCAUCCUCAGCCCUCAGAAGUGGCAUUGUGUGGACUGCAACACAACCGAGUCGAUCUGGGCUUGCCUUAGCUGUUCCCAUGUUGCUUGUGGAAGAUAUAUUGAAGAACAUGCACUCCGGCACUUUCAAGAAAGCCGUCAUCCUGUUGCAUUAGAGGUGAAUGAGAUGUAUGUUUUUUGUUACUUUUGUAAUGAUUAUGUUCUUAAUGAUAAUGCGACUGGAGACCUGAAGUUACUACGUAGUACAUUAAAUGCAAUCAAAAGUCAAAAUUAUCACUGUACCACUCGUAGUGGAAGGAUUUUACAGUCUGUGGGUAUAAGUGAUGAUUCUUAUUUCUUACAUGAUGGUGCCCAAUUCUUGCUUCAAAAUGAAGAUCAAAUGCAUACUGCUCUUUGGCACAGGAGAAGGAUCCUAAUGGGUAAAGUCUUUCGAAUUUGGCUUGAGCAGUCACCCAUUGGAAGAAAAAGGCAAAAAGAACAAUUUCAGGAAAAAAUAGAAAAAAGAGAAGUGAAGAAAAGACGGCAAGAAUUAGAGCAUCAAGUUAAAGCAGAAUUGGAAAGUAUGCCUCCAAGAAAGAGUUUACGUUUGCAAGGUCUAGCUCAGUCCACCACAAUGGAAAUAGUUCCCAUUCAAGAACCACUACAAACCCCAACAUCACCAGUAAAAGAAGAUAAUGUAGUAUCUACCUCAGAAGAUGUAAAAUUUAAAAAAUCCAGUUACUCCUCAGUUAAACAAAAGUCAAUAGUAACUCCUGGUGUAACAGGAUUGAGAAAUUUGGGAAAUACUUGCUAUAUGAAUUCUGUUCUUCAAGUUUUGAGUCAUUUACUUAUUUUUCGACAAUGUUUCUUAAAACUUGAUCUGAAUCAAUGGCUGUCUGUGACAGCCAGAGAUAAGACAAGAUCACCUUAUAAGCAUCCACCAGUCACAGAUACAGUAUACCAAAUGAAUGAAUGUCACAAAAAAGAUACUGGCUGUGUUCGCUCUAGACAUCCAAGUUUAUCAUCCAGAGUAAGUGGUGGAGCAUCAAAGAGUAAAAGGAUGGAACUUAUUCAGCUAAGGGAGUCAAGUUCACAAUACAUUUCUCUCUGUCAUGAAUUGCAUACUUUGUUCCAAGUCAUGUGGUCUGGAAAGUGGGCCUUGGUCUCACCAUUUGCCAUGCUACACUCAGUGUGGAGACUAAUUCCUUCUUUUCGUGGUUAUGCCCAGCAAGAUGCUCAGGAAUUUCUUUGUGAACUUUUGGAUAAAAUACAACAUGAACUAGAGACAACUGGUACCACGUUACCAGCUCUGAUCCCCACUUCCCAAAGGAAACUUAUCAAACAGGUUCUGAAUGUUGUGAAUAACAUUUUUCAUGGACAACUUAUUAGUCAGGUUACAUGUCUUGCAUGUGACAACAAAUCGAAUACGGUAGAACCUUUCUGGGACUUGUCAUUGGAAUUUCCAGAAAGAUACCAAUGCAGUGGAAAAGAUAUGGCUUCCCAGCCAUGUCUGGUUACUGAAAUGUUGGCCAAAUUCACAGAAACAGAAGCUUUAGAAGGAAAAAUCUACGUAUGUGACCAGUGUAACUCAAAGCGUAGAAGGUUUUCCACAAAACCAGUUGUACUCACAGAAGCUCAAAAACGGCUUACGAUUUGCCACCUACCUCAGGUUCUCAGACUACACCUCAAACGAUUCAGAUGGUCUGGACGUAAUAAUCGUGAGAAGAUUGGAAUUCAUGUUGGCUUUGAAGAAAUCUUAAACAUGGAGCCCUAUUGCUGCAGGGAGUCCCUGAAAUCCCUCAGACCAGAAUGUUUUAUCUAUGACUUAUCUGCUGUAGUAAUGCACCAUGGAAAAGGAUUUGGCUCAGGACACUACACUGCCUACUGCUAUAAUUCUGAAGGAGGGUUCUGGGUACACUGCAAUGAUUCCAAGCUAAGCAUGUGCACUAUGGAUGAAGUAUGCAAGGCCCAAGCUUAUAUCUUGUUUUAUACCCAGCGAAUUACUGAGAAUGGACAUUCUAAACUCUUGCCUCCAGAACUCCUGUCUGGUAGCCUACACCCCAGUGAAGAAGCUGAUACCUCUAAUGAAAUCCUUAGCUGAUCCAAAGACUGGGGCUUCUUGCGAUUUGUAUAUAUACUUUUUAAAAGGGCUGACAUAAAAUUUUGAGCUUCAUUGUUUUUACUUUUUACUUACAAAUCAUUGCACACUAUGCUUAUACAUUUUUUAAUCUAACUUCAACUCUUUUUACAGGGACAAAAUUAGCAUAAAUACAUGUAUUUCAACGUCAGCAGGUAACUAAACUUUUUUCAAGUAGUUGGGAGUUAAGCUUUUAACGUUUACCUCAGACUGGUGUUACCUCUUUUAUAUUUUGAUGUUUUAAUUGGCUCAGAUCAUGAAUUUGCAAUCUUGGACUGAAGUUCAGGUGGCAUAAUUUUAUACACUUAUUUAUCUUUUGUAGCUAUUUUUUAUACAGAUUCUUAUUCGAUGAAAAAUUAGACACUUCCUUCACUAAAUCUUACCCCAAAAAAAGAAAAGGCAUUUCUUUCAGGACAUUUGUAUAUUGAAGUUACCUUUGCCCCCUGGAAUUAAACAGCUACUUUCAAAGAGAAAUAUCAAGGUAUCAUCUGAAUACUCAUCAAUCACACUCAUGGAUGUUCCUGAGACUGUGUUAGAGGACUCAGAAGACAUUAUUUUCAUUAAUGGAACUUCAUUUUUUCAAAAAUUUAAGUUUUAAUAAUUGUUCUUUAUUUGGCAUAGUCAAACUAUACAAAUGAAAAUGACAGCUUUAUAAAUACUAUGUUUAAAUGACUUCAAUACUAUGGACAUGAAAACAAUGACAGCUGAGAAUUAUAAUGCUGAUUUGUCUGGUAGCAAACAGGUUUGUCCAGAUUCUAAUAAAGCAGUCAUAUCAAAAAUUUGAAUUUAUUUAACUAUUAUAUGUUAUACAAGUACAAUUUAACUUGGAUGAGUCCAUUUUAAUGUUUAACAUUAGAUCUCUUAAAGCUUUGUACCAUAUCAUUUCUUGAGAUUUUUAAAGGAAUAAAAAUAAGUCUCGAAGAGAAAAAAUUACAUAGGGCAGAGAAGAUAACUGCAAAACUGGCAACUGGGCAACACGGAUCUAAUUUUCCUAAAUAACUAAAGCCUGAAUUACUUAAUCUUGCUGGGAUUAUGUGAAUACUAGGAGCCUCUUAGAUAUUCAGACACUGGGCCCUGACAUUUUAAAAAAUUAACUAAACUUGAAUUUUAUUAAAAAUAUAGUAUAUUCUUUGUUCUUCACUAAUAAUCUCCCUAGAUCUCUUUAAAAGCCUGCUAAUUUUAUCUCAGAAAGAGAAUCCACUAACUUCUGUUGAUCAGCUACGUAAAAUCUUAGCUCUGUUAAUCACUGGAAGAUCAUUUAUCUAUUUUUUCUCAAGUGGUUUUGCUUGCAGGUUGAAAUCUUAAUGAAAGAUAAUAUCCUGGAAUGCUGUUGUCCAGUAGUGAUCAUCUACAAGUAUAAGCUUGAGAAGGACCUCUCUUAGCAAGUUUUCCUUCAAUUUCAGAGAACAAGUCAUCUGGGGCAGCUGAUUGUGAAGUGCAAUGAGAAUUUAUCACUGAACAGACAAAUCAUGCCAAAAAUACAGCUUGAGUGUUAAAUGGCUAAGGUUUAAAAUCAUUCAUUUAUUAAAUACCUAUGCAAGUUGUUACCUCAACUGUUAAUGUAAUUAUACCUCAUUAAAGAUUUAUUUGGUCAAGAUACCUGAGUCGGGCCUUUUUUAAUUUCAAGGAUUGCUUUAUACUUAGGUUAAGUGCUGUACAUUUUAGCACCUAAUUUUAGUAGGAUAUUUUAAAAACAAAUGAUGUUGUUUAUAAUAGUAUAUUUGCUUGUUUCAGUACUUAUUCCAAUGUAAUAUACGAGAAAGAAACGAAGUGGCUUAGCCUUUUUUAAUCCCUUAAAACUAAAACCUAUGGGGGAGGCUGUGUGUAUUAAGGGAACGCUGCACUUUAUGCUCAAUUGUGCUACAAACCUAAAUUUGAUCUAAAAAAAAAAAGUAUUAAAAUAAAACUAAAACCUAGACAAUGAACAGAAAUUUACAUUUCUUACUGUACAUCUCAAUGCGGACUUCUAAAUUCUGUUAAGUUGAUCUAACAAAGAACAACAUGUUUUGGUUGUAAAUUCAUUUACUAAAGGCACUACUGUUAAACAUUCCAACUAAUAAUUUGUUGCCAGUAAGGUACAUCAUUAUAAACAUGACAAAAUGAGAUACAUGGCUAGGAGG